CGGGGACCAAUAGUCCAAGGGGUAAAGUCCAUCAAAUUAAGUCCGCACCAGCAGCUCACCUGUUAACUCACCAACAUGUUGAAGAGACUGAUAUUCGUCGGCAUUUUGGUGGCGUUUGCCACAUCUGACAAUGUCGUAUACAAGGAUUGCGGGUCCAAGACGGGUGCGAUCACGACAGUCGGCGUCACACCCUGCCCUAACGAGCCGUGUCUGCUGAAGAAAGGCUCGAACAUCUCCAUGGCGAUCACCUUUACCACAAAGGAAGAAGUGACCAAGAUUAGCACGGACGUGUAUGCGGUGCUGUUAGGGAAGAAGCUUCCAUUUCCCAACUUCCCCUAUCCAGACGGCUGCAAAGAUUCCGGCCUGUCUUGUCCGCUCAAGUCUGGCGGAACCUUCAAGUACAACUCCACGCUUCACGUGGACAGCGACUACCCAGCGAUAAAGGUACUUGUCUGGUGGCAACUGGCGGACCAGAAUGGUGACAUCAUAUUCUGCUUCGAGGUACCGGCGGAAAUCACCAACUAGCGACAGCUGAAACAGGCAGGAAGGAGGCAGUUUAGGACGACUAUGACCGGAGGAUAGCACACUGAUAUUCGAAUGGCAAUCUAGUAUUUCUAUAACGUUAAUUUUUCACAAAAUAUUUAAUAUUCGAUCUGUUAAGUUCCAUCUAAAUCCUUAUGAAGACAAAAUGCCUGAAUUUUGAUGUUGGCUGUUUGAUCUAGGACUGUUUGAAGACUCCAUUGUUACUUGCACCGGUACCGGUGUGAUAAUGUUUGUUCUAUAACAAUUCAGUAAAUAAAAGCGGAGUGGUGUAACAGUCAGUUGUCACUCUUUGAUUGCCAAGGUGCCCAUUGUUUACACCAUUCAUGAAAUACA